AUGUUGCUCCGCCUGCUUGUAAUUUCAGACCAUAUCCCCGAGGACCUGAGGGAUCCCUUCUACACAGACCAGUAUGACCAGGAACACAUCAAGCCCCCCGUCAUCCGCCUGCUGCUGUCCUGCGAGCUUUACUGUCGCGUCUGCGCCCUCAUCCUCAAGACAGAGCAGGCCGCAUCCCUCCAGUCGCACCACUCCGUCAUCCAAUCUCUGGACAGGAAGGGCAUUUAUGUUGUGGAGAGCGACGACACGGCCGUCACGGAGGAGGACCUGGCUGGUGUGCCCAUUAAAAUGGUGAGUCGUACUCCGGAAAGAGUUGGCCAUGAGGCGCGUGCAAAUGUGUGCACGCCUUGAAAUUACAUUUAACCUUUACAAGGAGCUAAAGAUGGCUGCCAAGAUUAUUGAGGCUGUUCUUAUCAUUGUACAAUUAAAUGACGGAGAGGAAUUUUACUGUAAGGGGUUCGGAAUGUCAUUCAAGACGGCAGUCAAAUGCAACCUUAGGAAUGUCUGAAUGCUGCAGGACAGUAUGUGCAAUCCAUCCAUAUAUCCAUUAGCUGAACCGCUUAGCAUCGAAGGGUCGCGGGCAAGCCCGAGCCUAGCAGUCAUCUAGCAGUAGGUGGAGGGACACCCUGAACCGGUUGCCAGCCAACCGCAGGGCACACGUA